ACCCCCACCUCCCCACGUCUCUAUAUCUCUCUCGCUCACUCCUUCCUUCCUUCUGUAGCAGUGCCCAGUGCUGGAUUACUAAGCUCUGGGGCCACUGAAGCAGGGCGCUGUGGCAAAGCUUCGACCAGAAUGGUGAGGUGGUUCCACCCGAACAUUACCGGCAUCGAGGCAGAGCAGCUCCUGUUGACCCGGGGCGUCCAUGGCAGUUUCCUGGCCCGGCCCAGCAAGAGCAACCCGGGGGAUUUCACCCUCUCUGUCAGGAGGAACGAUGAGGUGACCCACAUCAAGAUCCAGAACUCGGGGGAUUACUACGACCUGUACGGAGGCGAGAAGUUUGCCACGCUGGCCGAGCUGGUGCAGUAUUACACCGAGCAACACGAUCUGCUGCGUGAGAGGAAUGGCCAUGUCAUCGAGCUCAAGUACCCACUCAACUGCAAGGACCCCACCUCUGAGAGGUGGUACCACGGGCAUCUCUCUGGGCGUGACGCAGAGAAGCUCCUCACAGAGAAGGGCAAGACCGGCAGCUUCCUGGUUCGGGAGAGCCAGAGCAAACCGGGCGACUUCGUCCUGUCGGUUCUCACCAACGAAGAGAAACAUGAGAACGUGGACCGCAAGACCAAGGUCACCCACGUCAUGAUACGCUACCAGCAGGAUGGUAAGUACGACGUGGGCGGAGGUGAGCGCUUCGACACGCUGGCCGACCUGGUGGAGCACUACAAGAAGAAUCCCAUGGUGGAGAAGAGCGGCAUCGUCGUGCAGCUCAAACAGCCCUUUAAUGCCACAAGGAUAAAUGCAGCCAACAUUGAGAACAGGGUACGAGAGCUCAACAAGGUAGCAGACAACUCCGAGAAGCCCAAACAAGGAUUCUGGGAAGAAUUUGAGGUUCUCCAGCAGCAGGAGUGUAAGCUGCUGUAUCCCAGGAAAGAAGGCCAAAGGCCAGAGAACAAGAGUAAAAACAGAUACAAGAAUAUCCUCCCAUUUGACACUACUCGAGUCGAAAUCAGGGAAGCAGACCCAGACGUUCCUGGCUCUGACUACAUCAAUGCUAACUACAUCAGAGUGAGUUCAGCCCAGCAUUAUACACGGAGUAUGCACGAUGAGGGGCGCCAUGUAGGGGAAGGGAAAGUCUUCAUUGCCACCCAGGGGUGCCUACAGAACACAGUCAUUGACUUCUGGAAGAUGGUGUAUCAGGAGAACACGCAUGUCAUCGUCAUGACCACCAAGGAGGUGGAGCGAGGACGGAACAAGUGUGUCCGCUACUGGCCGGACCUCAAUGCCACCAAGGAGUUCGGGAAGGUUCUGGUGAGGAAUGUGGACGAGCGGCCGGCGCAGGACUACAUCCUGAGGGAGCUGGAGGUUACCCGUCUGGACCGGAGGGAGCAUGUGAGGUACAUCUGGCACUACCAGUACCUGAGCUGGCCGGACCACGGUGUGCCCAACGAGCCUGGAGGCGUGCUCAGCUUCCUGGAGCAGGUCAACCGCACCCAGAGCGCCAUUCCAGACACUGGGCCCAUAGUCGUCCACUGCAGUGCAGGCAUCGGGAGGACAGGCACCAUUAUCGUCAUUGACAUCCUCAUUGACAUCAUCAACCGCCAAGGAUUAGACUGUGACAUCGACAUCCCUAAGACCAUCCAGGGGGUACGAGAGCAGAGGUCGGGCAUGGUGCAGACAGAAGCCCAGUAUAAGUUCAUCUACAUGGCUGUCCAGCAGUACAUUGACACAGCACAGAAGAGACUAGAGGAGGAGCAGAGGAAUAAGACCAAAGAGAGGGAGUACUCCAAUAUCAAAUAUCCCCAGAUGACCAACUCUAGGUCCAAACCCAACAUGGCCUCCUCGCGCUCUUCCUCUGUGAUGACAAACGACGAUUCAUCCAGUGUGUAUGAGAAUAUAAACAUUAAAAGCCCAACAGCGUCUUUUAGCAGUAACACCAGGAGGUAAAGCCGCCGCUGUGGACCUCUGCAUCUCUCUGUCUGCCUCUCUUUUCAGCAGAGGUGCUGCUUCAUCAGAGCCCGAAGGUCCAUAGGGGGGGAAGGGCCUGUGCUCUGACCUCACACCUCACAACGGUGGCCCUUGCUUGGGGUGAGGGUGGUGGCGCUAACCUCUCUCCUGCUGCUGUCUGGCUGGAUCUCUGUCUGGAGCCCAGUUUCACCCUCCAUAGAGAGAAGGGCUGGACAGUGGAGAGCCCUUGUUCAGGGCCCAUGCCCUCCCCCUUCUCUGUCUCUACAAACACACACACACACACACACACACACACACACCUCUGCAGCCCCUGCUCCAAUCUCCAAAGCCUCUCCCUCUAUUAACCAAUGGAAGUGCCUUGUCCAAGGAUGUGUGUGUAAUCUAGCCACCCGGUCCCACCGUUACUUCGUCCCUCAGCCCUGUCCAUCAUACACUCUGUACUCCUUUCCACAGUCCAGAGGGCCCAGUUGACUUGACAAACAAACAGUUUAUCCUUGGUGUGACAGGUGUUAAAAGUGGAGUCUGGACAGAGCAGUGCUCUACAUGACCCAAGAAGGUCAAAGCUAAUCUGUUACGCCGCACGUUGCCAGAAGUCACUCUCCUCGCUAUCUCACUUGCUCUGUCUUCACAGGCAGUUCAUUUGAACUUGAACCAAAGACUUUUUUGCUACUUUCUAUCUCUCCAGCUGUGAUGAUUAUUAAUGUGGCUGCUGAGUGAUGGCAAAGGCAGUUAUAUAACCCGCUACGGUACCCUGAGGCACUGGGAGGACAAGGAAGCCCUCGCUUGUUCUUGUCAAGAUUUAGCCCUUUUAAUUUUGGAUGUAGAACUGGCCUCUCUCCUUUGACAAUGUGACUGAUUUUCAAGAUGUUGUUGUUAAAGAGAUGUUUGUAGGCUGUCCCACUUUUGUCCCCUGUGUCGAUGCAAGUGCACAGCAGCUGCUCUGCUGUAGUGCUGCAAAUGACACAAGCUGUGCUAAAGUAUUUAGCAAAGGGUAACACAUUUGGAGCUUGCAUUUGCUUCAUAAUUGUGGUUAAUUUGACAUACAAGUCAGUCCUGUCUGUUGUCUCCUGAACACAGCUGCCAGCUGGUCCCAUUCUCCGUGCAAAUUCAUCCAUAAAUAGAUCUAUUGCUUUAUUUUUAAUGUCUGUCCUUUUAAUCAAUUCCUGUUCAUUUGUUCAUGGUGUUCUUUUGUUGAUAUUGCUGCUGUGAUUGUGUAACAAAAGGACAUGUUUUUUCGUUUUUUUAGGGAGGAAUAUUUAUAAAGGGGAGGCAUUGCCUCUGGUCGAACCUCUCAGAGUCACAACUGACUUACUAGUUUGCCCGGUGCUAAUCAUCAUUUUCAAUUAGAUAAAAACAGCAGCUUCAAGCCAGCAAUUUGUAAAACAAGUGGUGAGGAUUUCUGAAUGGGUGGUUGGAGCUGGAUGGUCAUUGGCUGAGCCCUCCUCUCCAUGUUGUAUGACUGUUGGUCUUCAUUAAUCACCGGGCCUAACAUGGUUCAGCAUCUGUCGGUGGAGAUCGUCCCGAGGGAUGGAAGGGGACACUUAUUGUGUGGUAGCAGCCGAGCUCAGGGAGGCACCGAUCGCCAAGCCAGAUGGCCAUCUGCCUGAGAUUAAGGAAUAGAUUUGUCUCCCAAAAGUAAUUUACAAGAUGGCUAUAAUCCAGGCUUGAUGAUAGCGGGGUGAAUGUGAUGACGUCAGUGGUGAUGUGAUAAGGAAGGCGGCGGUGUUGCGUAGCUAUGAGCCUUCUGUAGUACGACAGAGGGAUUGUUUGCUAUUCUUAGCAGUCAGGGUCAGCGGUGGAAAACUCAUGGAACAUCAUCCUGAGGCAGAAGUGCUGUUACUUCUGUCAAGUUAGUUCAGAUGUAGACGUUCCUGAAAAACCUGUUACCACUGACCGAUGAUCUUUCUUUCUUGACUGAUGAUCUUUCCUAUGCAAUCAUAACUAGGUUCUUUGAAUUAAAUUAUGUAUGCUAUGAAACAGUGGUUUAAAGGGAGUGUUCACUCAUUUGAUAUUUUUUCACUUCUCCCUCAGCUGUUGUGUAGGACAGUAGUGGUGCUCUCUUCCUCUCAUUGUUACUGAGUGCUGGAUACUGGCUGGAUGCUCCAAAUGCUAACUGUUAGCCUGCUGCCAUUAAGCUGGACUUCCCCCCAGCUAACAGUCCUAGAAAUAACCCUUAACAUCACUUUACAAGUGUCUGUUUCUGAAAUGCACAUAUGAUUACAAGUGCACAUGAACCGCAGUUUUGCUCAUAUUACUAUUUAUAACUGUAUUUUUCCUGUUAUCACCGUCCAGAAAGAUCCGGUAACUUCUGCACUUCCUGUAUCUCUCCAUGCCAGAGGAGCAGCAGUCAUCGCAGAGACAGAAAUAGUUUUCAAGUCAACAUAUUUUACACUAUUUUGGGCUGUAAAAAUUCUGCUACACAUCAAAGUCAAACAAGCCAGGGCACAGGGGGAAGUCCAUCCCAAUGAGAGGAAGACAGCACCACUACUGUCCUACAUAACAGCUAGAGGGGGGAGUAAAGUUAUAUCACAUUUUUCAAAAUGGGUGAACUAUCCCUUUAAGAACAUGUUUGUAUAGGUUUCUAUUCAGACUAGUUCUGUUUUUUUUUUUCUGCCCACAACCCCAAAUAGUCACAGUGUGCAACAGCAAAAGUGACGCAAUGACAGUAAAUCUAAUUUGUUAGUUCCAUCCUUGUCAAGGAGGAAACAAUAGAAAUGUUAGCCAUCGGUGUGUUAGCCAGUAGUGUGUUGGCCGGCGGUGUGUUAGCCAGAGGUGUGUGUCAUGUGGUCUUUCAGUACAGCACCUCAGUGGGAGGCUCAUCAUCCGUUCAUCCCAAAUAAUAUCUGCUGGUCUCAGUCGUUGUUGCACGUCUCAGAUUGCUUUGAGAGCGUUCCUAGUCUGAACUGUUGCUGAGGGGUUGUUGAUGAUGGAUAUUUGUAUAGAGGUUAUAUUACCUGACAUUAAUUAUUGGCCUGAGUGGCGUUGGCCUGUGUCAGUAAAGGCCUGUGUGUUAGAAAUACCUUGUGCUCUGGACGUUGUGGCCCUUCGACUCCGUUUGAACAUGGAGGAUCUUUCGGAAAGACCACCCACCCAAACCAUGACCCUUGUCCAAUGAGUGAAACCUGAUUUUUGUGUUUUUUUUUUUUUGUUUUUUUUUUCUCUGAAUUAUGUUGCAUUUUGGAUGGUCAAAGUUUUUGAUUUUUAUUGUAUUUCACUUUGCCUCAAUGGGUCAUUAUGGUUUUGUUUUUGUUUUUUUGGGUUUUUUUUUAUGAUAUGGUGAAGCACCAAUACUUGAAAGUCUGUUUGAAACUGCUGAAUCAUUCGCCUCAGGCUGUGUGGAUGUCCGUUGGCUGUGGAAGUGUUUUGGUAGGGCACUAGAUAUUUGCCACCUCAGUGUUUUUUCUUGUCUCUCUCUCUCUCUCUCUCUCUCUGUUUUUUUUCUUCAAUUUACUGAGAUGUUUCAAAUUGUACAUGUCUAAUUGUUUUAUCCAUUCAUGCAUUUUGUAUUGUGUAAGAUAUUAUUAUUAUUAUUAUUAUGGUCAACAUUAUUACACCGUUGAUAACUAAAUUCAGGAUCUAAGUUAAACCAGUGUACAUUUGAGGUGUACAAUAAUAAUAUCACAUUUUCUUUCUGCUUGUCCUCUUAAAUUUACUUGAAUAUGAUGUCGAUAUGUUUUUAUUUGUAUUCCUUGCUCUUCUGCCGCUGCCUGAUUUGAGUCGUGGUAUGUACUGAUUGCUCCCAUGUCCAAUGGAGACUGUUCCUCCUCCUCCUCCUUCUUCUUGCACUGGCUCUGCCCAAACGCCUUGUUCUGUCUAGGCUCCAACUGCUGAUGCAAUGACUCUGCCACAAAUGGCAUCAAAAUGGUUUAAUAUCAAAUACUUUAAUAAAAAUCUAUGAAGGAACAAUA